UAAUAAUAAUAUUACUACCUAUUUGAUCUAUAUUAUUGCCAACAUAAUUUUGUCCUAGAAUUUCUGAUUUUUCCAACUUGUUUGAACUAAGGUAGCUAUUUUAGCAUCUGGGUCAUUUUUAUUUCCACUUUCAACUUCCAUGAACAGAGAAUUAUGGAUCUAGAAUCAAACAACAAUAACCCAUUCAAGAAGGAAUCUUGGAGAACAGUUUUAACUCUAGCAUAUCAAAGCUUAGGAGUUGUUUAUGGUGAUUUAAGCACUUCCCCAUUAUAUGUUUACAAAAGUGCAUUUGCUGAAGAUAUUCAUCAUUCUGAUACUAAUGAAGAAAUUUAUGGGGUUUUGUCCUUUGUUUUUUGGACAUUAACAUUAAUCCCAUUGCUUAAGUAUGUCUUCAUCGUACUUAGAGCGGAUGAUAAUGGUGAAGGAGGUACAUUUGCGUUGUACUCUUUGUUAUGUCGACACGCCCGUGUUAGCUCUUUGCCUAAUUGCCAGAUUGUUGAUGAAGAACUUUCUGCUUAUAAGAAGGAUGAUUUCAUAUCUGCUGAUAAAAAUGCUAAUUCUAGCUUGAAAUCGACAUUAGAGAAGCAUAAGACUUUGCAUAAGGUGUUGUUGAUUUUAGCUCUUAUUGGUACUUGUAUGGUAAUUGGUGAUGGAGUUCUUACACCAGCAAUUUCAGUUUUCUCAGCUGUUUCUGGGUUGGAGCUCUCACUUACAACAGCUAGGGCGCAUCAUGAGUAUAUAGAAGUUCCAGUUGCAUGUGUCAUAUUAAUUUUGUUGUUCGCCCUCCAACAUUAUGGGACUCAUCGCGUAGGAAUUCUAUUUGCACCAAUAGUGAUAACAUGGCUUAUCUGCAUCAGUGCGAUUGGUGUAUACAACAUUGUGCACUGGAAUCCCCAUGUAUAUCAAGCUCUCUCUCCAUAUUAUAUGUACAAGUUUUUGAGAAAAACCCAGAGAGGCGGGUGGAUGUCUUUGGGUGGAAUCCUGCUAUGCAUGACAGGUUCGGAAGCUAUGUUUGCAGAUCUCGGACACUUCUCCCAGUUGUCUAUUCAAAUUGCAUUCAGUUUUAUUGUGUAUCCAUCUUUGAUCUUGGCAUACAUGGGACAAGCUGCUUACCUGUCUAAGCAUCAUUCUCUACAAAGUGACUACAGGAUUGGAUUUUAUGUAUCUGUACCAGAGAAAAUAAGAUGGCCAGUUCUAGGUAUAGCCAUUCUUGCUGCAGUCGUAGGAAGCCAAGCUGUCAUCACAGGAACGUUCUCAAUCAUCAAACAAUGCUCUGCAUUGGGCUGCUUUCCUAGAGUUCGAAUAAUUCAUACAUCCUCUAAAAGACAUGGCCAAAUCUACAUCCCAGAGAUUAACUGGAUAUUGAUGCUGUUGUGUCUUGCUGUUACUAUUGGUUUCAGAGACACGAAACAUUUGGGGAAUGCAUCAGGUUUGGCAGUCAUAACAGUGAUGCUGGUAACCACCUGCCUAAUGUCUCUGGUUAUUGUAUUAUGCUGGGAAAAAAGUAUAUUUCUUGCUAUUGGGUUUAUAUUCUUCUUUGGAUCCAUAGAAGCACUCUACUUCUCAGCGUCACUUAUCAAGUUCCGCGAAGGGGCUUGGGUCCCAAUUGCCUUGUCCUUCAUCUUUCUGAUGGUAAUGUAUACAUGGCAUUAUGGCACUAGAAAGAAGUAUGAGUUUGAUGUUCAGAACAAAGUUCCCAUCAACUGGCUCCUUGAUCUGAGUCCCAAUCUAGGAAUUGUCCGAGUACGUGGAAUUGGUCUCAUACAAACCGAGCUUGUGUCUGGCAUACCUGCCAUUUUCUCUCACUUUGUUACCAACCUUCCAGCAUUCCAUCAAGUGCUAGUCUUCCUGUGCAUAAAAUAUGUGCCUGUUCCUCAUGUUCAGUCUGAAGAACGCUUCCUUGUUGGAAGAAUAGGCCCCAAGGAGUAUCAUAUUUAUAGGUGUAUUGCUCGAUAUGGUUACCGUGAUCAUCAUAAGGAUGAGGUUGAGUUUGAGAAGGAUCUUGUUUGUAGCAUAGCAGAAUUCAUUCGCUCAGAAAAGCCUGAUGGCAAAAAUAAUCAAGAAGACGAGGAUGAGGAGAACCUGACUGUUGUAGGGUCUUUCUCAACUAAGCGGGGAGUUAAAUUGUCUGAAGAUGAAGAAGAUAACACUGAGAUAGUUGGCACAUCCGAGCUCCAAAAAAGUGACUCUUUAGAUAAGCCAAGGAAGAGGGUAAGGUUUGUCGUCCCUGAGACUCCACAAAUUGAUCGCGAGGCACAAGAAGAGUUGCAUGAGCUGAUGGAGGCAAGGGAAUCUGGGAUGGUUUUCAUACUAGGACACUCAUACGUGAGAGCCAAGAGUGGUUCGAGUUUUAUUAAGAAAAUGGCAAUCAAUUAUGGUUAUGAUUUCUUGAGGAGAAACUCUAGGACUCCUACUUAUGCAAUAAGUGUUCCUCAUGCCUCGACGCUGGAGGUCGGAAUGGUGUCCCACGUCUGAUUUUGUAGGUGAGACAAUGUAGCUAUCUUCUGCAUGACACUUUGUUCCUACUGGGUUGUGUAUGUACAUGUUCAACCGAAAUCCAGUUUUAUGUUGUGCUAAAUUGUUACUAUCAUACUCAGGAUACAGACUAAUUUUUGCCAGUUUGUGUAUGCUGCCUUUGUGAUACCCUAUUACUUCCAAAAUUAUGUAACACUAGGUCCUACACUCUAGAGUAUGGUGUGCAUCAUGCACGGAUGCAUCCGACAAAAUAUAUAACAAUAGAAGAUUAUAAAAUUUUUAUUUUUUUUU